UAAAAAUGUACUUUAUAUCUAUGUUAAUAUCAUGUAAACUUAAUUUUAUAACAUAUAAAAUAUAAAAAGUGUUUGUCUCGAUUAAUAAAAUUUAUUUAAGUAUUUGUAUCAAUUUAGUUACAUACGUAAUAGUUACUAAUUUUUUUAUUAUUCAAUAUAUAUUUGUUAUUUUUUAAUAUGUAAAAAAUAUAUAAUACUUAAAAAUAAUUUAUAUAUCAUAUUCAUCCCGCCCAAGGGGCGGGUCUUAACCUGAUAUUAGAUUAUUCAUACAUAAUAUCAGCACUAUCAGGUCACGAGUGACUUUUGACUUCUCAAUUCUUUGUAGCUAGAUUUGAUCAAAUCUUGGUUAUCAACAGGCCAAUUAAUACCCAACCAAUUUCACAGUAUAAAUUCUUACCAGUACCAUCACUAAUAUACAUAUAAACUUACAGUAAUAUACUUGAAGAGGAUCAUUGAGUACUUGAGUAUAUAUUUUUUCUUUUUAUGAUAACAAAGUUACGUGUAGCCCGACCAAUUAGACAUUGUAAUUCCAAAAUACUCAAAAUAUAAGAACUAAAGUUAAAAAGAAUUUCGAGAUGCGAUUAGUUGUAAGAGCACCUCCAAUGGGAAGUUCUACCCAUUAGAGUUCUAAAGAUUCAUAUGUGUGUAAGUAUAUGUUGUAUAUGUGUAUGUAUGUGUACGAUCCAUUAUUUUGUGGAGAACUCCACUUUUAAGGUUCUAAAAGCUUUGUUUUAAGAAUUUUAAGGGUGGAAUUCUCCACAAAUAAUAGACCCACAUAUACAUACACAUAUAUAAUAUAUAUUUAUACACAUAUAAAUAUUUAAAACUCCAAUGGAUAGAACUUCCAUUGGAGGUGCUCUAAGAACCUACAACAUGAAACGAACAACAUUUGUUCGCAUGUCACAGUCAAAAGUAAGUCACAGAAACUUAAGACAACAAAACGAAACAACAUUUGACCGUAGAUCUCAGCAUAGGUGACAUCAACAUGCAAAUGAAUAUGGCAAAAUCAUUUUAUUUUAUUUUAUUUUGUUGAGAAAAUAUAUGACAUGAUUUUAUUUAAAUACUUAAACUUGCUGAUGACCAAUAAUAUAUAAUUAUAUACCUGGUUGAUAUUUCAUAAUAUAAUUUCUUUUAGCAAAUUUUUUUUGUUUAAAAAUAUAAGUAAUUUUCAUAUUUCAAUACAACUUUUGUGCUAUUAGAUAUUAUAUAACCAAUUAAAUUAUGCAUUUUUAUUUAAUAAAUUAUAUCUAAUUAAAUAUUAAGCUAUAUAUUUUGAAAUAUAACAACUUUUUUAAUUGUUGUGAUUUUAGCCAAAACAACUAACUUUAUGAAACAACGAGAUCAUUUGUUACCAGCAAAAAUAAAAUAACUGAUCGUAUUUAGGGGCCCGAGACAUGAGUCUUCUGUAUUUUAAAAUUUCUUGUUGACUAAAUCACUAUUUUGUCUUUAUUUGUCAAUGUUAUAUAUACUGUAACUUAAUUUAAUAGAAAACCAAAGAGCUUCCUAACUUUGAUGGCUCGGGAUCUCCAUGAUUAAACUAGUUGCCUAAUGUCCCUUUUGUCUUUUUCUUUACUUUAUUCUUCCUUUGUUCUUUUUUUCUUUCUCAUUUAUAUUUUUGAUCUUAUCGUUUUGAUAAAACUGACGGGAUUAGUAGCUCGCACUAGUUUUUUGGCUGAUGAUUUGUAAAGAGACGUACAUACUUCGUGGGAUUGAAGACGUUAUGAUUUUCAAUUAACUGUAUAAGCUAGAUUGUUAAAUACCUAAUGUCCAAAAAACAAAUUAAACAAGCGAUAAAUGUGCAUCGACUAAAGUAAUUGAAAAUAUAUGUAAAUAAGCUGCUAACUCAUUCACGUCCUUUGGUAUAAAUGUUUUCAAGUUAUAUUUUAGGAUCCACCAGCAAUGAAAUUGCUAUAUGUAGUUAUGCGUAGGAAAUGAGGUUGUACAACAUGUCCAAAUGAUUAACAAUGUCAUCCAACACUCUUUUUCUUUCCAAACACCACACAAAAUCAUCAUAUUUUAAAAAGGAUGUACUGAAUGUGCUAUUUAUAGUUUUUUUCGAAAUGUGUUUUCCGGAGACUCAAGCUUUCCACCGUAGCACCAUACAUGUUUUGAAGUUUAAGUAAUGCUGAUGAAUAAACACCACAGCUUACUUGGCCGUAUAUCUUGAGACGAAAACUGAUGUUUAUCAUAGAAUUGUGUGCACUGGCAUUGUGAAAGCCAGUUCAAAAAAAAAAUUGUGUGCAUUGCCAUGCUUAUGAGGGAUGGUAUAUAUGAGAUUGUUAUUUUGUAGCCGAAUUGUAAUACAAGAUGUUACUAUUAUAUUUUCAAUAAAAGAACGAUUUUAUCACCUCCAACAAGCCAGGCAGAGAGUGGAGAAGGAGCAAAGGUCAUCUUAGGAAAAAUUCAACAAUAAAGAUUAGCUCCAAUUAUUAUUGUGUUGUUGUCUUUCACUCUCGAGCCUUGUGCUCACCUUUCUUCUCGCUGCAUCUUUCUCCUCUCUGUUACAUAUAUAGUAUAUACUAGUCAAUCAUUGUUCUCAGUUCUCACUAACAGUAUUUUCCCCACAAAUAAUUUAUUGAUAUGCAAAUAAAGAGAAAAUGUGUUUGGCAACAUGAUGGAGACCAAUCAUGUGUUUUGAUUUUUUUUCUGCAUUGGUUGUUUAUUAAUAAUCUAUUUAAUAAUUUAUUUAGACAAAUUUGUUCAUAAAAAAUGAUUUAAAACAUAUAUUAUUUAUUUAUAUAUUAACAUAUAUUAUUUAUUUAUAUAUUAUAUUCUAUAAAAACUUUCCGUGAAUAUUAUAAUAUAUUAUUUAGUUUACAUAUUAAAAUUAUUAUAAACAAAUUUAUAUGUCUAAAAUAUUUUUUCAAACCAAGUACUAUUUUUGAAUUGUUAUAUUUCAAUAAAUUGAUUAAAAAGGUUUAAAAGUCGAAGUAACUGUUCAAUGAUACUCAAUUGAAGUUUUUAUUUUUUUCCAACAAAUAUAGUAAAACGCAUUCAUCUGUUUCUAUUUUCUAUAUAACUAAAACUUGUACUUUUAAGUAUUAUCUUAAAAUAUUUUGAACCUUUUUAACACUUAGUCUACCCUGGAGAAUAUGAUUUGAAACCUAAAAAUUAAACCAGAACAUAAAUAAAAAAGAACGAAACUGAAACUAGAAAAAAUUUUACAAAAACCCGAACAUGUACUAUUUCUUUAAAUCUGAAAAUAAAAAACCGAACCAAAAUUGAAUGGAUAAAUAUUCAAAUAUAAUAAAAUACUAAUUAUUUUUAAUUUAAAAAUAGCUAUACUUUAUAAUUUAUAAAUAAAAAAAUUAUUCAAAAAACUGACCUACUUGAAUAUUUUCAGUUUUAAGGGUUUUAUCUAGGAUUUUCACAAGUUUUUUUAAUUUCAUUUUUUUUUCUUUUAACUCGAGGUAAAUCGGAAUCAUUUUUAAUUCAGUUAUAUUUUAGGUUUUAUAAAAAAAACAGACAUGAACCCGACAUUAAUUAUUCGAACCGAUCCGUUCUAAGAUCAUAAGGUUCUUAAACAGGUCCUAAACAUUCUAGCCAAAAUAAUUGGACCCGAGCCGAACCUUAAUCUCUAAAUACCCAGCUCUGAUUUAAUCAACAAUGAUAAUUUGAUAAAUUAGUUGAUCUGCAUUUUCUGCAUAUUUACUUGUUAUGUAUUAUCUAUUGAUUUGCAUAUUUUGAACAUCGUCACCCAUUCGAAGUCUUUAUGAUAUUGUCUAUUUCUAUAUUAUAUACGCAUCAUAUUAAAAGUAAUAGUUAAGAUCAUAGAUAAUUAAUUCAACUAGAAAGGACACUAACAAUUUUGUCAAAUGUCAUUGGUUCGAGUGAUUAUUGAGAAGAAACUAGUAUUACACAAUAUGGUUUUGGUCUUAUAAUAUUACAUAUUUGGGCCUCGAAUUUUCUGGGAUUCACAAAAAGAAAAAUAAAUUUAAGUGAAAGCUUUUUUAAUCAGUUAAUAAUAAGAUUUGGAUUCUGAUUUUAAGAAAUAUUAUAAAGUGAAAAGAUUGACGGAAUUAACCAAAAAACUUCAUUAAACCUAGAACAAAUGAGGAAGUUGAUAAAUAUACAACAUAUGAUGCAAGAUCUAGACUAGUAAAUAGCUAGAAUGUAGAAUUUCGUAUAUUUUGUUAUGUACGAUACUUACCAACCACUGAAACUAUCUGAAAAAAAAGACUCGAGCUUAAAGAGGACUCCACUUUACCAACCAUAAAGUAUAAACCCUUCGAUCAAUAAACGAAAUUACUAUGAAAUAAAUCAGUAUUACAUUAGUUCUGGAUCGACAAAUUCAUAAUGAAAUACAUGUAGAAAGUUUUUAGUUAGUUAUUUUUCUCUCUUCCUCAUUAGGGCCGUGCGACUUUUAUAGAUGCCCAAAGAGAAAAAUAAAAAAAAUAAAAUUAUUUAAAAGUAAUACAUCAAAAUUAAUAAAUAAUAUUUUGUUGACAAAAAUCAGGAUUGUUAUAUAACAAACAAUUAAAUAACUAAAUUUGCAAAGAUAGUUCUAAAAUAUAACAUUUUAUAUUCAUCCUAUAAAAUCUAUAAUUAAGAAAAAAUCAUUUUAAAUGGCCUCCAUAAUUAUUUUGUAUAGAUAAAAUAAUCAAGUGACUCAAUGUUUUUAAUUGAUAUAUUCAAGCAAACAUAAAUAGAUUACUAUACAAACUUAAAAUAAUUAUACAAUAAAUAGAAUUACAAAUUUGCGAUAAAUAUUGAGAAAUAAUAUAUUAUACUUAAAAGUGAUAACUACAAAAAAUACGAGAAGACAAUGUUGAUAACUUGUAAACUUCUAGUCAUGUUAGUUAUUUAUUAUUUGUCCCAUAUAAUAAAUUGAUUUAAAUACAACAGUAUAGUUAAUAGUAUGAAUACUAGCAUUGCAUAUGAUGACACAACUAAAUACUUGAUUUGAUGCAUUUUGAUGCGAUAAGCGAAAGUUUAUUUUCUUACUAGGCAUGCACGGGACCGUUCCUCUUCUAUAUGUCGAUGUCUAUGUAACACCUGAGUAAACAUGAAGUAGAUUAAUUAGCUUGAAUAGAUGAAGCGUUUUAAUUACCAUUAGAAGAAAAAAAAACAUUUUUCCCCACUAUCCCUUCAAGGCCAUUAUUUUUGCUUAAAGCUAAGUUAUAAUUAUGCUCUUUCCGCCAGAAACGGGUUUUUGUCUUGUUGAAAAUAAAGGAAUGAAGUGACUCAAAGCGUCUUCCUAAAGCUAAGAUAUUCUAUUUACUGCGUUAAGAAUACACUUUAUUCCAAUAUACAGUAUAUAACGCGAAAAUAGUUUGAAAAUUGGACGAGGGAACAAAAAAAUACUAAUUUCAUGUCCCUACUAUAUAUUACUAAAAUAUUAGCAUAUUAAAGUUGUUGUGCAAUCACCUACUUCAUACGAAAUUUUCCAUGAAAGUAUAUUUUAAAUGUAUUCGAAACAAUGAAAACAAAAUAAGAGAGAAAAUAAUUACAUGGUGAUGUGAUUGUAAGUUUGUAACUGUGGUUCGUGAAUAUAUGACAAGUUAAGUAUAAUAAGCAAGUCUAAUUCUGAAACCCUAGGCGACGAACACUGCAUGCCAAUAGUAGAAACAGUACGUACGAUCACGAGAUCAAACUUAUACGUACUUUUGUUUCUUAGGAUCCUUCCACUUGUAGGCACUAGCCCCUUGCCACGUGGUCCCCAUCCAUUAGCUUUAUGGGCCUCAUGAAGCCCGCGGGGCCUAUGUUCCCAUCCAUGCACAUGCUUCACAUUAGGCUUUAGCUAUGUUAGUGGGUAUAUUUUUAAAUACUAACUUUAAUACGCAUUUUGAAGUACAAAUAAACGUAUAAAAUAAUAGGCCUAUGUGCCUUUGUGGAAGAAACGGCCAAAGAAAAACGUUGUGGCCUCCACGAAGGUUGCAAAGACUCAUUGUCAUUUGCACGUGAUGACCACCUUCUCCCAGUGUCUUAUAAUAUGUGUGUAUUAUAUAGCUCGCAUGUAUAAAUAUACUUUAUAGAAUUCACAUAGUUAUAUAUUUGAGUGUAGGACCAUUCAUGAAUCUUUAGCACUAUACUCUAGUUUGAAGAAUGGGGAUAAUAUGAUAAAUAAGUCAGUUGGCCUAUUUCUAUUGAAUUUUCUAGUAGUACUCAGCGUCAAUAUUUAUUGAAUACCUGUAUGAAAUCCAUUGUGGGAUUAACUUCAGACGGCCCAAGUAUAGGCAUGUUAGUGGACACUACAUCCAAAUUGUUCUUUCCUAUGACUACCAUAUUGAUGGGCUUAACUUUAAAGCCCAUAAUACAUUGUAACUUUUUGAGUGAUACAAUUUAAAUUUAUGAUGUUGUCUCACUGGCUCCCUGAAGAUGAUUUUUGUCUCAGAAAAUCCAUCGAGGUUGAAGUUUUCACGAAACCCUAGUUUCCACUCUCUUUGUGUCUUCAUUUGUCUCUUGAUUUUAACUUCUACUACUUUAUGUUAUUUGUGUUUUUUGUAUCUCGCGUUCCUAUUACGAGUUGAUGUUACUGAAUCUUGAACUGAAACCCUAAAUUACUGCAGCGUUUAAACCUCUCACUCUUUCUCUAUAGGCAGUUGACAUGGUAGUUUGUGUCCCAAGUCAUCCAACUUUGGGUUUAUCAUAACUUUGAUUAGAUCGACUCUUACGAGUUUCUAAUGGUUUAUUUGCCGAUUACUAGACGUACUCCCAGGGCCGGUCCUCGACAAAGUCUAAUGAAACAUUGGACCUUAAAUUCCCAAAUUUUUAGAAAAAUGUUACAUUGAAAUAGGUUUCCAAAAAAAUAAUUUUAGACUCCCAAAUUUAUUAAAUUUCUUUUUUAGUUUAUAUAUUUAAUAAAUUGUCUAAGGUCCCGUAAAUCUCAGGGUCAAACCUUGCGUACUCCGUGUUUACCAUGGUCUAUGAUAGAAAUAUUCACUAUCUAAAUCCUUGAUUUGCAAACAUUAAUGGUUAGUUUAGUUUUCUUGCUACAAUAGAAUGUAGCCUCUCUACAGUCUCUAGCGAAAGGAGCAAUUCAAGAAGAAUUUCAAGAUCCUCUGUUUCAACAACCCAAUACAAUCUUCACUGAGACAACAUCAGUGUCACAUCAGCAAGUAGUUCACGAUCAAGAAGAGAUUUGCAUUGGUCGAGAGUCUUAGGGCAUCCACAGUGGAUGGUGUCUAAAGAAGUCUCUUGUCAGAUAAAUGAUAAACUAAGGGCAAAUUUUAUGAGAGAGGCAAGAAUUGGACAUAGACGUCUUUGGUACGAGAGACCACACAUAACUAUUUGAUAGAUUUUCUUACAGAUGUCUUUCUAUUAUUUUUUCUAAGUUUGUUUUGUAUUUUAAUUUAAUUAAAAGAUAACUUUAUAUCAUAAAUAUGUAUACCAGAGAUCGUGAUUCAGCUCUCACCGAUGCGGAUCCUCUUAUAUACUUGAAAAGCAAAUCAGAGGAAUAUUGUAAUAAAUCUAUAUCACUGCCUGUAUUGAAUCCACUUCCAGAAAUCAUUAAAAUUAUAUUAGAAUCUCUUUAUAAGAUAGUUUGUUAAGACCCUAUAUAUUAAUGUUGAUAUUUAUACUAAUCUAAAUAAUACUCUCUUUUCCAAAAGUAAGUUUUUAAGAUUUUAUUCUUUUUUCCCAAAAAAUAGAUUUUCUAUAUUUCAAAAGAAUUUCUAUAUUUAAACAAAAGAUUAACUGAAAUAUUUAAAUUAAGUAAAUAAUAUUGAUCAAUAGUUAUUAGAAAUGAUAUAAUAAAAAUAAAUAAUAAAUUUAAUUGUAAUAUUUAUUAUAUUUUAAUAUACAUAAAUACUUUAGAAAACAAUUUCGAGAACAAAGGAAAGAAAUCACAAAAGACGAAUCUAGAGUUUUUUUUAGAACAAGGUGGAUCUAAAGUUGUGAGAAAAAGAAAUCAUAUAAACAUAUAAUGUGUUUUAAUCAUGGAAAAUUACCACCAAUAACAUAUUCAUAGUACCACUUUUCAUGUUUAUACUAAUCAAUUUUACCCUCACUUUUAAUGAAGGAUAAAAAACACUUGUACUCCUAGGGUUAACUAAUCUGAACUUAGGGUUUAGAGUUGAGGGGUGGGGUAUGAUUUUUUGAAUGUGAAAUUUAGGAUUCUAAUAAAUAAAUACAAAAAAAUAUUAAAUUUUUUUAAAAAAAAUUGUUUCAAACAUAAUUUUCGAUUUUCAAAAAAAAAUUGAAAAAAUAAAAAAAAACAAUUUUGAGAAAAAAUCAAAAAGAAAAAAAAUUAUAAAAAAGUUCGAAUUUGAAAACGUAUAAUUGGAAAAAUUUAAAAUUUAAAAUUUGUUUAUUUAUUUAAAUAAUGAUUUAUUAUAUAUAUACAACAAGGGUAUAAAAGUUUUUUGCUACUUGAUGAAUAAUGUAUUUUUAAAAAUGUAUCUUUGGUGGUGGUAAAGAUGAAAAGUGGUACCAUGAAAAUGGUGAACAUAAAAUUUCUUCUUUAAUUAUUUACGUAAAGAAAGAUCCGCCACCACCAGUCAACUUGGUUGGUAGCGCUUCACACCCGCCAUCAUUGGCCACUUCCGAUACAAAGUUCUUCGAUGGCUUCAAUCAUAACUUUCCAAAACAAAGAUAACACAAUAACAUUGCAAACAUAUAACAAGAUGAUUGAUAUGCAGCUAUCUAACAUAUACAUGGUAUUGUAGAUAAGUUUCGUUUUUGUUACAUUUGGAAGUGUCUUAAAUUUUGUUAUCCAGGUUGACAUUUGGAAGUUGCGGUUUUGAGGGGGAGGGGUUGGGUAAGAUUUUUUGAAUGUGAAAUUUAGGAUUCUAAUAAAAAAAAUUUUAAAAAAAUUUUAAAAAUAGUUUCAAAAAUAAUUUUCGAUUUUCAAAAAAAAAUUGAAAAAAUAAAAAAAACAAUUUCGAAAAAUUUUAUAAAAAAAGUUAGAACUUGAAAAAGUAUAAUUCGAAAAAUUUAAAAUUUAAAUUUUAUUUAUUUAUUUAAAUAAUGAUUUAUUAUGUAUAUAUAGAUAACAAGGGUAUAAAAGUCUUUUGUCACUUAAUGAAGAAUGUAUUUUUGAAAAUGUCCAUUUGGUGGUGGUAAAGAUGAAAAGUGGUACCAUGAAAGUUAUUUAUCCACAUAAUAACAUACAUACCCUAAACAAAUUUUUGCUUCAAUACAUUUUGCUUUUAAGUUCUUUUUUGAGUUUGGUUCAUGAUAUCUUGCGUAUUUACAUUGUUUUAUCUAUUCAUUCUUGUACAUUUUGAUCAUUUAGUAUAAUAUUUAUACAUGUUUAGGUUGUAGUGCAUUACAUAUGUCCUUAUCUAGUGAUGAAGAUGUCAAAUGGUGACUUUGGAGAUGGUUUGGAGGCAAGAUUGGUGAUUCUCGAGAUUGAGACGAGAUGACCAAGUGACCCUGCGGCCUGAUGACCUCGCAGCCUUGGGACCUCGUCGAGAAACCGCUGCAUCCGUUCAAGAAUGAAAAACCAAAGUAUGGGAGCGGCCUUGCGCAGCGGAGUGUUGAAGCCGCUGGUAAAAUGCACAUGCCCCUGUCGAAUACCGGGAUGACGCAGCGGCCAGAUGACGAUGCCAGGAAACCGCUGUGAGCGUCCCAGCAACCUAGUGGAGCGCUUUCGCGAAGCCGCUGCGAGUCCAAAAAGUCAACAAUUCGGGAUUUAACCAGAUGUUAACCCAUUUGUGUUUGGGUCAAUCCGAUUUGUCGGGUUGACCUCGUUCGAUUUUAGAUUGCCAUAAAUACUUUUUAGACCUAUUCUUAGGGAUUAUCCUUUUUUUUUUAUCUAAACACAAACCUAUUUUGGUGAAAGAUUCAAUCUUUAACUUUUUUUCAUCUUUAUAUAUUGUGUUUAUUGGAUUAUCUUGAUCACUAAUCAUGAUUAACUUUCAAUCAUCAUUGAUUCUUGGUUUUAUCAUGUCUAUUAGUGAGUAGUUACCUUUUGUAUCCAUGGUUUACGUAGAUCUAGAGUGAUUAAUGAAGAUUUGAGGUGUUUAAUGAUUAGAUCUCUAUGUUUCCAUGCAUAUUAAGUGUCCUUAAUGCUUGAUUUGACUUGAUCACUCUCAUCUUGAUAAUAAGCUAUUUUAUACCUAGAAGGUGUUUGUUAAAAUGUUUGACUGAACUUAAUAUUACUCUAAUUUGAAUAACCAAAGGGAUUUGAUGUUAGGAUUGCUAGAUGGUUAGUAGACAUGAAUAUAAUGCAUGCUUAAAUGAUUUAAACCAAUGGAAUUGAUGUUUAGUUCAUGAUUGCAUAUGGAUCUUUACCUUGGAAAAUGAUUGAUCAUUAUUAGUGUUCUAGACCUAUAGAAACUUGUGAUUGCUUAAAGUUAACACAUUGACUUGGAUUUAAUUACCUUGGGUCAAUUGCCUUAACCCAUGGAUUCUACUUUAUCAAUUGAUUGCAAAAGCUAGUCAUUGUCUUGUUUGCUUGAAGCUCGUCACUUAUCAACUUAAAUCCACUGUAUACAUUUAAAUUGAAUUGUAUGGCUUGCAUUUUUAGUGAUUGAAAUUACCUUGAAAUUGGAUUGACCCUAAAGUAUUACAACUACUUAGGAUUAAACUUAUUCCAUAUCAGUUCGCGCUUGUUUAUAACAAUUUUCAUACUCUGUUUGAUCUUAUAGUCUAUGACUGCGUGCGGAGCCGGUCCUAAUAAUUAUGAGGUUAGAAACAUAUACAAAAUUGUGGUCUAUAUAUUAGUUGUAUUUAAGAUUUCUAAAGAGAAUCGAACACGCAACAUUUAGUUUUUGUAACAUAAACCAAAACCAGUACUUUUACUAAAAACGCUAGUCAAAAGGGCCGCUAAAAUAGUUUAUCUCUGGUAGCCAGAAGCACAAACUUCUUUAGCUUUCUUCUAGGGCAAGUUCCGACUGCGUAAAUUUUCCUUACUAGAUUUUAAAUAAACAAGAGACCUUCGACCCAAAAAAAACAAGAAACCAAUCGGCUAAAACAAAUGUAGCUUAGCAUUUUUUUCCCUUCAAAUAUUGGUGUUAGAUCUGAUGCUCUGAGGGGACAUUCAUGGAAAACAGCGUAGUGUUAUCUCCCAUUAAAACUUAUUAGAUGAUUUGAACAAUGCACAUGCACGGUUUCUAAAAAUAUAUUGUUAUGGUUAAAUGUAUUCGUUGUUUGAUAUUUUUAUAGUGUACACAUGUGAUUUAAAAUGUUAUUGAAAGAAUAUAAAUUAUGUUAGGAGGUUUGUAUCCCUAGAACAACAAUCGCUUCGUUUAGUAUCAAUUACAAUAGAAACUCUAAAAAUUAAUAUAUGAUAAAUUGAUAAAUACUAUAAAUUAAUACAUUUUACUGGUUUUGAGUUGGGCCGAUGCAAAUCAGACACAAUUCGAUUAUAUAAUAAUUUUUUGAAAAAUCAUAUGUAAAAAUAUGGUUCCAAUAAAAACAUAAAUUAAGAAUUUAUGUAUAUAAAACUUAUAUAAAUAUAUUUUAUAGUUUGAUUUUGUUCACAUUAAAGUUUACCUAUAGUUUUUCAGAAUAUUUUCAAUAUAUUAUUAUUUUGUCUUUUUUUACUUAAAAUACAUUCACAUAUAUGGUACAUACUUUCUAUACUCCAAAUAAGCGAAUAAAAAACAACAUAAAUUUGUAUUAUAAAAUUUUGUCAAUACACAUAUCAUAAAACUAAGCUUUUUUUUUAUUUUUUACAUAAAACAUAUAUAUAUAUAUAUAUUUAAAUAUAUAGAUAUAAAAAUAAAAUAUUCUAUUAAUUAAAAACUCUAUAAAUUGAUAAAAUAUCAAAAUAUCAAAAUUAUUAAUUUACAGAGUUUUUACUGUAGUAGUUAUAAGAUGAUAAAUUAAAAGUAUCAAAAUCUACAUACAGAUCUACAUAGUGAGAUAAUGAAAGGAGAGACUUACGGAAUGAGACACUUUUUUUUCUUUUUUUACUUCAUUAGACACAUCUCACUUGAGGGACACUUCUUCCUCUCCCUUCCUAUGUGUUUUGACUCAUAUACCCUUUUGCUUUGGUUAGUGAUGAAUUAAUUUUAUUAUAUAAAAUUACUGUCAGCUUUGUGGGGACCAAAAGAGGAGCAACGUGUUUCCUUAAAAGAGUGAGUGUAUAUACUUUGACUCUUUUUAUAUGUAGCAAAAGAGUAUUUUAUACUAAAAGUAACUUUUUAAAUUUCCCACCAUAUUAUAUGUGUCAUUAUUUUAUAUUAUACUGUAUAAAUAAAUAUAUAAAAACAUAAAAUAAAUUAUUAAAAAUUUUCUUUAUAUUUUGAUAUCCAUAUGUAUAUAUAUGUAUUUUAAUAUUUAUCAAAAUUAAAUUUAAAUUACAUACUGUCUAUUUUGAUACUUGUGGACACACUUUUGUGGAUACAUUGUUGAUGGACACAUUUAAAAUAGUCAUUGACAUGUAUUUGUGGAUAGCUUUUUGGUAUUUUGUAGAUACAUUUUUGAUGGAUAAAUUCAAAAUAUCCACUGAAUGGCAAAGACAUUUAGUGUACAAAAUUUUAUGGACAAGAUUUUAUGGACAAAAAUCUCAAUCUUACAAAUUUUAUGUAUAAAAUUUUGUGGACAAGAUUUUUGUGGACAAAGUUUGUAGACAAAUCAUACAAAGUUCAAAGAACCAGUCCCUGAUUCGACGCCUUUAAAAGAGACCUUAACAAAUUGAUAGAAGCUUGUAAGACUUAAUGACUGCUUCAAGCUGAGCCUGAAGAUGUUCCAGCAUGUAAAGUCCAAACAUAUUUAAAGCAUAUCCUAAAUCCAAUUAACCAAACAAAGAUAGCAUGUUCAAUAAACAGAUGAAGCCAAUUUUAUUAAUCAUGAGGAAGGGUUUAUAAUCAACAAGCAAGAGCUUACAUCAUCCGUAAAAUCUCUAAUAGACACAUCAGAAAACAUAAUCACAAAACAUAAUAGGCACGAGAGCUUGUCAUCGUCUUUUCCACAACGGAGGUGGGACCUGCUCGUCGUCGCGUCCUCUCCAUACCGGAUCUCGAAUCUGUUGGCCGUCCUGUCGUCCUCUCCACAACGGAAGUCGGACCUGAUUGCCGUCGCGUUGUCCUGUCCAUACCGGAGCUCUCGGAUCUGCUCGUCAGCUCUCAUGUCCACAAAAUCUCAGAGAUUCGAUUCAAUUGAAAAAGUACAACACAAACAAUUAAAAAAAGAAAAAAAUAUAAAAAAAGUUAGGGGUUUCAAGGAGAAAGGUAUUGAAAUCGGGCGACGGAGAAUGAAGGAGAAAGGUGAUGAGAUAUGAAGAGAUAGAUACGAGAUUAUAUAGUCACAACCGCUGUGAGCCUUCUGGAUUUAUGGUGUUUUACAGAGAAAUUGAAGACGAAGAAGAAAAGAUUUAGCAAAAUUAUGGUUAGUAAACGAAGGGGCUGGGAAAUUGGGAAAAUUAGAUCUGAAUUUCAAAAAGUAAAGCCAGAGAGAGAAUAAAUGAUGGUUUCCGAAAACUCAAAAAUAAAGAAACUGAUUUGUUGAACUAUUUUUAAAAAUAUGGAAAGUGACAGCUUAGUUAGUGAGGAGAGAGUUUAGUUAGUUUGAGGGCAUGUAGGACAUUACACAAUAAAGAAGUGUGCCUCCAGCAAUAAGUGUCCUUUUGUGUAAAUUGAAAGACAAAAAGUGUCUUAGAGAGUAAAAAAAUCUAAUGAAAGUUACAACUUUGCCAUAUAACAUUUUAGCUUUUUUGGAAGGGAAUUUGCACUACAUAACCUAAAAAAUUAUUUCAAUUAGGUAUAUGGAAAUCUACUGUACAUCUUUCAUAAAUCCCAUAUGUAUCCCUAUAAAAUAGAAGUCAACUAAAUAACAAAUAGCCAUUUAGGUUUUUGCAGCAAUAUAUGUUAUGAUUUGUUGUCUCCUUUCACAUACAUUUUUGUCAAGGGCCUGCAAUUUCAAUGAUUUAGAUGUCGAAAGGUUCCAUCUUUGUAUCCCAGUAAGGCUUCCUUUCCACUGUCAUGAUAGCAUAAGUUUCCAUAUUUGCCUCCAUCGUCGUGUUUCCGUCCGCCUAUUCCUUCACCGUUGCCGCUGUCGUGUUCCCAUAAAACGUACAUGAAAUCCAAAUUCUAACUGGUCUUAUUUGUCAGGCUCUCAUCUGUAAAGUCUAGAGUUUAUUUAUUGCCAGAUUCAGAUUGAUCGUUGUGUUUUAUGCUGAAUUUUUAUGACAACUUGUUUCUUUUGGUUGAAAGCUUGUGCCUUUAUUGUAGUGGGUUUUACUUUGUAUUAACACUUUGUGACUGGCAUCUGUUAUGUCACAUCUGUUAUCUUUCGAGCCAGAGAAGGAAGUUCUAGCUCUCUUUUGCUCUUGUGAGUUCUAUUACCGACAAUUGCAAUUUUUAUCCCGCCAUAAUACCGGAUUCAACACAUAUACAUAAAGCCCACAGUAAAAUUUCUUGCGUUUAUGCUCCUCUAAAAAUAUCAACACAGUCUACCGAUUGAUUUAGUUUCUAACAUUUUCUUUUGCCUCAAAUAUUUUGCAAAUCUGGUUUUACAUAGAGAAUAGCUCUGCACCUCAAACGUACAGGAUAGAAUGGUCACUACACUCUCAACAAAUAACCACAUUUGCAAAUACUUUUGAAAUCUGUAUGAUUACCUAAUUACCGUCUACGUUUUGGUUAUUCACCUAAAUGAGCCUUUCUGAAAAGCACAUCAGAUUAAAAAAAUUCAGAUUUGAAAGUUACACAUUUCCUAUAGCAAAGUUCAUACAAUUCUUUUCCAAAAGAUAUUGAACUCAUGACCUCUUCCAUCUUUAAUAUUUAAUCUAAGAAUUUCAACAAAUACGCCCACUCCUUAUUGACCCAUUAAAUAAGGGGAAUUUUCAUUCUUACCACCUUGUUGGUACAUUUCUUCAUGUUUACAAUCAUUAAAGAGAUAUUUUCAAAAAUAUAUUCUUCAUUAAUAGACAAAAUAUUCAUAUAGCCUUACUCUAUAUAUAUAUAAUAAAUAAUUAUUUAAAUAACUGAAAAUUUGAAAACUAAUUUUUGUAUGUUUUCGAAUUAUCCAUUUUCAAAUUUGAAUUUUUUUAUUAUUUUUUUUAUUUUUUUUCUAUUUGUUUUUCACAUUUUCUUUUUGAAAUUCGAAAACUAUUUUAAAAAAAUUUAAGUAUUUAUUUAUAUAUUUAUUAGAACCCUAAACUCCACCUUCCAAAAACUCUAUCCUACCUUUCAACUAUAAACCAAUCUAGAUUAGUUAAUCAUAGAGUUAUAAAUUUAUUUUUCUCAAUUAAAAAAUGAGGGUAAAAGUAUUUAAAUUUAAUACUUAUUUUUAUAUAGUAUGGACUCUUUUUUUUUGACGUCGAACAGCCAUUCUAUUACUCAAACUUGAGGUGGUCUGGGUAACCAGACCGGAAUAGAACAACCAAUGAAAAAUAACUUCCUACGGAAAGUCCUAGCAGUCUUAGCUAAAAAGUCCAAAAAUUGAUUGCGUACUCGUGGAACAUGGGUGAUCUUGAAGUCCGGGAAACAAAUAUGCAGCGUCUCUAUCUUUUCCAAUUCUGCCGCGAAGCUUGGUCACUUCUGGGGUUCAUUUACCAUUGCAAUCAGCUCCUUGCAGUCUGUUCCAAAGCUCUGGCAUGGCGAGUGUCGAAGCACAAUCUCCAUCGCCCAGCAGUGCUUCUACCUCUUAAUGCAAUGCUAAUUCAUAUCGAGUGAAAUUCCGUGUACCCAUAAGUUGUAUGUUCUCUCCACUAUCCAUCCAAGCCCAUCCACAUCUACUAAAGCGAUCAGAAGCUGUCCAAGAUCCAUCCAGUAGGCAAAUAUUAUCCAAGUUUAAGACUUGGGUUUCCUCACUAUUGCUGGCUUGUACUACCAAUGGUAACGUCUCAUUUGCACUAAACCGGACUUGACAUUCACUUUCUGCGUAUCGUAGUAGUUCUAAAGAAUCUCUGUCUAUUCCCCUGAAGAGUUUAUCAUUACGAGUCUUCCAAAUAUACCAUAUUAUCGAGGGAUAAGGAUCUCUGUCUUGGUCUGGGUCUAUGAUAUUAUUCUUCCUCCAAAGUAGAUAGUCCAUAUUUGUAUAGACGCUUGACAUUGGAAAUGUACCUUGGCUUGUAAGAGUUACCGAUAAGGACCAUACUUGUAGAGCAGGAUGGCAAUCGAAUAUAGCAUGAGUUACAUAUUUCUCUGCUUCCCCAUACCUAGGACAGUAAUUAUCACACCUUAUAUUCCGCUUUACUAGAUUUCUCGUUACUGCCACCUGACCCGUUAUCAAUUGUCAUAUAAGAUGACACAUCUUUUUUGGCGUUUUUAACUUCCAAGCAAAGGCUUGAAGUUUAAUGAUACUUGGUUCCAGUAUUUCUUUUUCCUCAUCUGGCUUCAACAGAUUUUAAGCAAUCCAGUAUCCAAAUUUAACUGUGUAUUAACCAUUCUUCGUGUAGUUGCAGCAGAAAGUAUUAUGACGAUGAGUAGAGCUUAUGGCCAUACUUCGAACGAGUGGUAUGUCAUCAGGAUGGACUCUUUCUUUUUAUAUUAGGUCCUUUAUUACUUCAUAUUCUCUCUCCUUUUAUCACAGAACUAACAAAACUUCACAUCUUCUGUUCUCUCCUUCUACGCUCUCUCUUCAUCUCUUUCUCUCUUCUUAAUCGAUUCGAUUGAUGAAGAUCAGGUGCGACGUCUGCGACAAAGAAGAAGCGUUGGUGUUUUGCACCGCCGACGAAGCGUCUCUAUGCGGCGGCUGCGACCACCGAGUCCACCACGCUAACAAACUCGCUUCCAAACAUCUCCGUUUCUCUCUCCUCAAUCCUUCUCCUUCCAACAACUCAUCUCCUAUCUGUGACAUCUGUCAGGAGAAAAAAGCUCUGUUGUUUUGUCAAGAAGAUAGGGCUAUUUUAUGCAAAGAUUGUGAUUCAUCGAUCCACUCCGCCAACGAACACGUCAAGAAACACGAUAGGUUUCUUCUCACAGGGGUUAAGCUCUCUGCAACAUCCUCUGUGUAUAAACCUACUUCAGAAUCUUUUUCAAGCAGUCAAGAUUGUUAUGUCCCUGGACCCCGUUCUUCCAAGAAACCUCUCUCAGCUUCUCAGAGCAACAGCUCUAAGAUCCAACUUACUUCGAAGAUAGUAGGUGAUGCGGCAGUGAAUCAGUUGGGAUCCACAAGCACGAUUUCAGAGUAUUUGAUGGAUACGUUACCUGGUUGGCACGUUGAGGACUUUCUUGAUUCCUCUCUUCCUCCUUUUGGUUUCUCUAAGAGUGGUGGUGAUGAUGGAGUGUCACUUCAAUCUAAGAAUAUGGGGAUUUGGGUCCCUCAGAUUCCACAAACUCUUCCUUCUUCAUACACAAAUAAGUACUUUUCUCAGGACAACAACAAUAAUCAGAUUGGGAUGUACAACAACAAAGAAACAUCACCAGAAGUGCAGAUGUAUGCUCCAAUACAAAACAUGAAACAACAAGGACAGAACAAGAGAUGGUAUGAUGAUGGUGGCUUCACUGUCCCACAGAUUACCACUUCUUCUAGUCAUCCUACUCCUCUUCCUUCUAACAAAAGGUCCAGAUUUUUCUGGUAACUGACAUGUGGUCUUUGUUUGUUUGUUUCCCUUUUGAUCUUCUUGAUUUUUAGGGGUUUCGUUGUCUUUUGUAAAUUUUGAGUGUGAUUAAUGUUGCUGUUUUAAUCUUUAUAAUAAUCCUAUGUGUUCUCUUGUGUUUUAUGCAAAUGUUUUUUUUGUCCUAAUAAGUUUUCAUGUAAAAGUUUCCAUGACUUAUUUUGUGAAUCAUGGAGCUAGACAUUUUUGUGUUGAAGCAAGACUUCAGUGAAAGAAAUUAGCUAUUUUUAAUUAUAUAUUA